ACGAUUGGCAUUCCUGUGCGUCAUUAAUGUCAAGUAGCCAUUUUACUGCAAGCGUCGAAGUCACGUUUUCGUAAUUUUAUAUUGUUGUGUAACUGUGUAAAUACAUCUCACGAAUGGCUCAAAGCAAGCUCAACGAUCUCGCCGGCAAAUUUGGCAAAGGGGGCCCCCCUGGCCUGGGCCUGGGGCUCAAACUUCUCGUCGUAGGAGGCGCCGCAGCUUACGGAAUUUCCCAGUCGAUGUACACAGUUGAAGGGGGCCACCGUGCCAUCAUGUUCAAUCGAGUUGGAGGCAUACAGAAAGACAUUUACACGGAAGGGUUGCAUUUUCGUGUUCCUUGGUUCCAGUACCCUAUUAUUUACGACAUCCGAUCGAGGCCUAGGAAGAUCUCGUCGCCCACAGGUUCCAAAGACUUACAAAUGGUGAAUAUCUCAUUGAGAGUUCUGUCCAGACCGAACGCGACGCAGUUACCAAUUGUAUAUAGGCAGUUAGGGUUGGACUAUGAUGAGAAAGUCCUACCCUCGAUUUGUAAUGAAGUUCUCAAGUCGGUCGUCGCUAAAUUUAACGCUGCACAAUUGAUCACGCAACGGCAACAAGUGUCUCUUUUGGUUCGAAGAGAAUUGACCGAGCGCGCGAGAGACUUUAACAUAAUCUUGGAUGAUGUGUCAAUAACGGAAUUGUCUUUCGGUAAAGAAUACACGGCUGCCGUCGAAUCCAAACAAGUUGCACAACAGGAGGCGCAGCGAGCGGCUUUUAUCGUCGAGAGGGCGAAGCAGGAGAGGCAACAGAAAAUUGUACAAGCUGAGGGUGAAGCUGAAGCCGCCAAAAUGUUAGGUGAAGCCAUUUCCCAAAACCCGGGUUAUUUGAAGUUGCGGAAAAUCCGAGCGGCCCAAAAUAUCUCCAGAACCAUCGCCAAUUCACAAAACCGAGUAUAUCUUAGCGGUAAUAGCUUAAUGUUGAAUAUCUCAGAUAAGGAGUUUGACGAACAAUCUGAGAAACUCAAACGUUUUGACGAAACCGAAACUGUGCAAAUGGGUGGUCAGAAUGAGAACAAGACGGUUGUAAGUUUGGCCUGGCAAUUCGCCGAUCGAAUGUCUGGAUAAGGGACGAUUGGCGACAAAGUGCUGCAUUUAUACUUGUUUAUUAUUUUUUUAAUGUCAUGUUACACAAUAAAAACAUUCUUAGUGUU